CAGACACGUGUUUAUGUUGACGUUGAAACAGAGGGGAGAUCCCAAGUCUACAGCAACAGUAUCAUGUCAUUUUUAGUUGAUUCUUGUUUGAUGUUCUUUUCACAGGUUUUAUUUUUUGGUGGAGGAUGGGUUUUCUUCCUGAAGCAAUUGUUCAAGGAUUAUGAGGUCCACCACUCCGUUGUACUGUUAGUAUUUUCAGUGACAUUUUCGUUAUCCUGCACCAUGUUUGAACUGAUCAUAUUUGAAAUCCUUGGAGUACUUGAUGCAAACUCCAGAUAUUUCCAUUGGAAACUAGGACUGUAUGCCAUAUUAUCAGUGUUGAUUGUAGUGCUACCGUUCUAUAUUGCUUAUUUCAUCAUUUGUAAUUUGCGAUUAGUACCUCAGAAACAACAUGUGAGAGUAUUAUUGACAUUUGCUGUUUGGUGUAUAUCGACUUAUUCCUUUUGGAAGAUUGGGGAUCCAUUUCCUAUUCUCAGUCCUAAACAUGGAAUAUUUUCAAUAGAGCAGUGUAUAGGAAGAAUAGGUGUGAUUGGUGUGACCAUCAUGGCUCUGUUAUCGGGUUUUGGUGCUGUUAAUUAUCCAUAUACAUCUAUGUUUGUCUUUAUAAGGGAUGUUAAGGACAGUGAUAUACAAAGUAUAGAGAAAAGACUGAUGCAGACCAUGGAUAUGAUUCUGAUGAAGAAGAAAAGAAUUGCCAUAGCCAAGAGAGAAAGUUUAAAACAGGCCAGUUUAACCAAGAAUCAAGGAGGCUUCUGGGGAAUGUUGAGAAACGUUGGAUCAAGUUCAGGAUCAACAGAAAAUGUUGGUCAAUUAAAACAGGAGGUAGAGGCCUAUGAAGAGUUAAGUAGACAACUGUUUCUGGAAUCAGUAGAUUUACAUAAUAUGCAGGAAAGAAUAGCCUAUGCAGCAACAUUUAAAGGAAAAUAUUUUAACUUUUUGGGAUACUUCUUUUCUGGAUACUGUGUCUGGAAAAUAUUUAUUUCAACAGUUAACAUUGUUUUUGACAGAGUAGGAAAAGUGGAUCCUAUUACUAGAGGAAUAGACAUAGUCGUCAAUUAUUUUGGAUUUCAUUUCGAUAUAAAAUUUUGGUCCCAACAGAUAUCUUUCAUUCUAAUUGGUAUUAUCAUUAUUACAUCUAUCAGAGGAUUACUGCUGACUCUAACUAGGUUUUUCUAUGCCAUAGCCAGUAGCAAAUCAUCAAAUAUUAUUGUACUUGCUAUAGCUGAAAUCAUGGGAAUGUAUUUUGUGUCAUCAGUUUUGCUAAUAAGAAUGAAUAUGCCAAUAGAGUACAGAACAAUUAUAACAGAGGUAUUAGGAGAUCUACAGUUCAAUUUUUAUCACCGAUGGUUUGAUGUCAUAUUUCUGGUCAGUGCAUUGUCCAGUAUAGGAUUUCUAUAUAUAGCACAUAAACAAUCUCCAGAGAAGAACAUGAUAUAAUGAGAACCAACAGACAAUAUUUAUUUUUAUUUGAGAUUUAUUAUGUACUUUUGUUUUAAAUUGUUGAUGAAUAUAUAAAAACAAGUAACAAUAUUUGUUCAAACAU